GGAAGCGCGCACGCGUGUCUGGAUCUGAUGGCACAGAGGCAGAUGUUCUACUUCCUGUUGUCCGUCAGAAGAUGUGUUCAGCUUCCUGUAGCGUCUCGCCUCUGCAGCUCCAGUCCCCAGAAUGUGGAUCCAGCAGCGGAGAACAAGUGUCUUCUGGAAAGCCUGUCCAGCCUGGGUGUGGACCUGAGCUCGGCCCGCAGACGGCACCCGGGCGUCCUGAAGCGAGCGCUGACCAAUGAGCAGGGACUCGCCCGCUUCCUGCAGAGCAAAGGUGCAGACGCGGCCGCCGUCGCCAGCAUCAUCUCACGCUUCCCACGAUGCAUCACUCGCUCCAGCAAACACCUGCAGGAGCGCUGGAGCCUCUGGAGGAGCAUCUUCCAGAGCGACGGCGAGAUGGUGGAGAUCCUCUCCAGAUCCCCAGAGUCAUUCUUCCGCUCCAGCGACAACAAGAACCUGGAGGAGAACAUCACUUUUCUCAAGUCUCUAGGUAUUACUCCUAAAGACCUCCACCGGUUGCUGACCACAGCUCCACGCACCUUCUCCAACAGCGUGGCGCUCAACAGAAACAUGGUGGAGCUCCUGCAGAGCGUCUGCGCUAGUCUGGGCGGAGACAACGAGAAAGAGUUCGCCAGGAUCAUCAUCUCCAAAAACCUCUACAUCUUCAUCCGCAGCACCAACCGCAUCAGAGCCAAUGUGGAUUUCCUGCUGAGCGAGAUGAAGCUGAGUGACUCUGAGGCGCAGGUUUUCCUCCAGAGCCACGGCGCACUGAUCCUGGACCUGUCCCACGAGAGUCUGAAGAAGAACUUCCAGAACCUGCGCCUGAAACUGCGAUCUCUAGGCUGCGGAGAGGAAGAUCUGAGGAAGAUGAUCCUCAAGUUCUCACUGGUGCUCUUCAUGUCUGCGCAGCUGCUGAACACCAAGCUGGACUGCUUUCUGGACGCUGGGAUCAACAUCCAGCAGCUCAUCCUCAAACCCAAAGUGCUGGACUUCAGUGUGGAGAACAUCAGGCGGAGGCUGGAGCAGCUCCGAGCGCUGGACUACGACUUCCAGAAACAGGGCAUCGCAGUGCUGGAUAUGAGCAACAAACGCUUCCAGGAGAAGAUCAGGAGACUGGAGAAUGAGCUGUAAAGAUGGAGGAUGAGGAUUAAAUGUGCUUAUAAAGUGUCUGUGUGGAGAUCCAUUGUGGUCACUUCUGCUCUUAAAGGGACAGUACAUCUACAAAAUUAAUUUUCCUCGUUCACUCAUGCUGUUUUAUCUGUUGAACUCAAAAUAUAACUAUGUUGUUAAAUAUUUUAGGUAUUUUAAGGACUGCUGAAAACCUGUGACCAUUGAUUUUCAUAGUAGGAAAAACUAAUACUAUGGAAGUCAAUGGUUACCGGUUUUUGACAUUCUUCAAAAUAUCUUCUUAUGUGUUCAACAGAUGAAAAGGCAGUUUUGGGACAAGUAAAAGAUUUACAAAAGGUUUAAAACUUUCAAAAAAAAUAAAGGAUUAAUAAUUGUGCAAAAUAAUUAAAUAGUAACGCUAGAUUCUUUUGAGGAGACUGGAGAAUGAAUUAUAAAGACAGAACACAUGGACAAAAUGUGCAUAAAAGUGUCUGUAUGGAGCUCCAUUAUGGUCACUUCUGUUCUUAAAGGGACAGUACACAUAAAUAUGUAGCACAUCUAACCUGUAACCAGGUAAAGGUAAUCCUAUGGAAGUCAAUGGUUACUGGUUUUUGACAUUCUUCAAAAUAUCAUCAUAUGUGUUGUGAUAAAAUAAGCAAAAGGUUUAAAAAAUGUUUAAAGUUAAAGGUUUUUUAAGAAUAUUUUAAAACUUGUUAAGGAAAACCUGUAACCAUUGACUUCCAUAGUAGGUAAAACCAAUACUGUGGAAGUCAAUGGUUACCGAUUUUUGACAUUCUUUAAACUCUGCUCUCUAAGGGACUGUGCAUCUAAAAAUGAGAACUAUUUACUCUUCCUCAAAUUGUUAUAAACCUUUAUUAAUUUCUUCUUCUGUUGAAAUAAGAUAUUUUGAAGAAUGAUGAAAACCUGUAACCAUUGACUUUCAUGGUAAAAAAAUAAAUGCUAUGGAAGUCAAUGGUUACAGGUUUUUGAUGUUCUUUAAUCUAUCCUACUAUGUGUCCAACAGUAUAAAAAGUCAGUUUUGGAACAAGUAAAGGGUUUAAAAAUGUAAGUCUUUAAACAAAGGAUGAGUAAAUGUUUUUUUGGGGUGCACUGUCCCUUUAAAUAAUCCCUAUGUGUGUUCAAUCAACACAAAAUUGUGUCUAAAGUGAUUUGCUUGGAUCAGAUGUAGCCUGUUUGGUCAAAUGAUGGAUGUACUUGUAUUUUUAUGAUUAAUAUAAGCAGUUGUAAAUGAGAUACACUUGAAAACAUGUAAAUAACUUGUUUAAAUCCAUUAAAUCUUUAUAUUUUUAAACUUG